AUGGCGUACUUGGACCGCAAUUCGGAAGCCAUCGCUCAAGAAAACAUGAAGCCAAUGACACAACAGCGCCUCAAUGCAUUCUACAAGAAAAGCAAUCGCCUACUUGCGAAUGUUCUAUUCUACAGUGACGGUAUUGACGAGAGCCAGUACGCCAGGGUUCAAGUGACCGAAGUUCUAGGCAUCAAGUCGGGCUAUCAAGCAUUUGCUGAAAGCACUGGCAUAUCUCAAGAUCCGAAGAUCACGACGGUGAUAGUGACAAGGCGCCAUCAUACAAGGUUCUAUCCGUCUAAUGUCAUCAAUGGUCAUGAAAACUCCCGCGAGAGCAACUGCAGCCCUGGAACCUGUGUGGACUCCGGUGUCACGCACCCCAACUAUUUCGAAUUCUACCUCCAAUCUCACCACCCGAUUAAAGCCACAGCCCGUCCAGCGCGAUACUUCGUGCUCGACAAUGGAAUGAGCUUGACGGAACAGCAGCUCCAGAAAUUCAUGUACGAGCUUUGCUACUCGUACGUUCGUGCCACUCUUCCAGUUGGGUACGCACCGCCAGCAUACUACGCCGAUAGGCUUUGCGAACGCGCCCGUUGUUACUUUGCCUACUUUUUGAAGUCGUAA